UUGUCAAAUUCAUAGCCAAAGUGGAUUCCAUUCUGCUUGGACAUUCUUUCUUAUUAAGGGGGUGGAACUAUUAAGUAAAGUGCUCAAUGGUGCCUAAUCAGCGAAUAUUCACUUUCCAACUGAGCCAAAGGGACCGACCUUCUCCAGAAAUACGAGCACAUGCGCAAUAUCUUUAACAGCGUCAACGCAGAGAGCAGUGCGCGUACGUCGGACUUCGGAGCGCACAUUGUCGGCGAAACGAGCGCGCAACAGCAAUCUGGCAUCAAAUGUGCAAAAACUGACGUGAACUUUUAAUAGUUUCUGGAAAUUAUCACGUUAUCUUAAGAAAACAAAUAAGCGUUCUAUUGAACCACUGCUGAAGACAUGAUAAAGGAGAAAUUUAGAGGUUGAACUUUACGCACAGAUUUGUUGUGAUUUCAUCCUAUUUUUUUCUCUGUGUCAGUGGUGUUUUUAUUCUCUUCUCGUGUUGUGUGUCCAUCAGUGAAGCUGUGAGCGCUUGUUGGAGUGCCGAAUCUGACCGGAUGUGUACAGUAUAUGAUGUCUGAUCACUUGUUCCUCACUAGUGCGCAGCUGACGCGCAAUGGAUUUAUCGGGAAAAUUGUUAUAGGCUAUAUCGCAUUUAACCGAUUUAUCUGCUCUAUGAAUGGAUCUGAAUAAAGCGACGAUGAUAUUCGUAACUUUUUGGAUAAUGCUGUCUGUCCUUGAUUUAAUGCACUUCUCGCAGGCAUAUGUGAUCGCACAGUCUCGAUCGGUUCGGCUGGACUGUGUCAGGGCUCAUGAACAGUGUUUGGGGAAGUACGGCUGCAGCACCAAGUAUCGAACCAUGAGACAGUGUGUGGCCGGAAAAGCGAGUAACUUCACCAUGCUGGCUGAACCCGAGGCGCAGGAUGAGUGCCGAAACGCCAUAGAGUCCAUGAAACAAAGUCCUCUGUACGACUGCAAAUGCAGGAGAGGAAUGAAGAAAGAGAAGAAUUGUCUGCGGAUCUUCUGGAGUAUAUACCAGAGUUUACAGGCCAAUGAUUUGUUGGAGGACUCGCCAUAUGAGCCAGUAAACAGCCGUCUGUCUGAUAUUUUCCGUCUGGCUCCCAUCAUAUCAGGUGAGGCUGCCUUUACCAAGGACAACAACUGCCUGAAUGCUGCCAAGGCCUGCAACCUGAAUGACACGUGUAAGAAGUACCGCUCCUCAUACAUCAACCCCUGCACGAGCAGAGUCUCUACUACUGAGGUGUGUAACAAGCGCAAGUGCCACAAGGCCCUGCGGCAGUUCUUUGACAAGGUGCCACCGAAGCACAGCUAUGGGAUGCUGUUUUGCUCCUGCCCCUCUGGAGAUCACUCGGCUUGCUCCGAGCGCAGACGUCAGACCAUCGUUCCUGCAUGCUCCUAUGAGGACAAGGAAAAACCCAACUGUCUCUCCUUGCAAGCCUCCUGCAAGACUAACUACAUUUGCAGAUCUCGUUUAGCUGACUUCCUCACAAACUGUCAACCUGAGACUCGCUCCAUUUCAGGGUGUCUGAAGGAAAACUAUGCCAACUGUCUGCUGGCAUAUUCAGGCCUCAUAGGUACAGUGAUGACUCCUAACUACCUGCGUGCCCCUGGCAUCAGCGUGUCACCUUGGUGUGACUGUAGCAGCAGCGGGAAUGGAAAAGCAGAAUGUGACAAGUUCACAGAAUUUUUCACAAACAAUCGUUGCCUCCGCAAUGCCAUCCAGGCGUUUGGUAAUGGGACAGAUGUUGGGAUGUGGCAACCCCAGCCACCCAUCAUGUCCACACCACCUGACCCCUACACUCCUCAGAGAGGGCGGGACAGGACGUCCAAUGCACUGGAUGACUCAACACACACCAAUGGCCUGGACACAAAUGCAGACCGUCUCUACAGCUUCUGUGGAAGUCUGCAGGCUCAGAAACUGAAAAGUAACGUCACUCCGGAUGCGCUUUGUGUGGAUCCAUUGCUGAAUGACCCUAGUAGCUUUAAUGCAAUUCCUCGGAGCUCAACUAGUGCUGUCUGCUCAUUGGACUUGACUGUGAUUCUGCUCUGUCUGGCCUUCAUUCUUCAGUUCGGGCAGCUUAUAGACCCACAGACAUUAUAGCCACUCACUGAUCAAACCUUCUGGACUGUUACUGCCGCCUCUGUACCAUACAAAAAUGUUGUAUUUAAGUUUUUUCCGCAAGUGGUGCUGUGUGCAGUGUGGUGUUUCGGUGUGAUUAAACUUUUUUUGGUCCACCUGCUUUUUCUUCCUGAUCGGACAUAAUCGACAAACAUGGAAGUAUUAGUCAUCUGGAUUACUUCUGUUGACAGAAUGCGAAAACUUGUGUGGCGCAUUGUGUUGCAAAAAUUUUCUUUAACAUCAGAGCGACAUGUAAGGUUGCACGGUUGAGAAUAUGGAAAUGCAUGGAGAUGAAAGAAACUGACAAUAAAAGGCUGACUGCAAUAUGACCCCUGCAUACCAGGGAGCUGCUGCUACGAAUUUGCCACAGGAAAACCUGCAGACUCCAACUUGCUCUAACAGUGUCAAGCAGUGCACAAUAUUUUUUGAAGGCUUAUCAGCAGAACCUGCUGCUCCUGUCGCUUAUUAGGACCUACAAACUCUAUUUUCCCUUCGAAGUGGCACUGAUGUCCUGCUGUGGCUCCUGCUUAGGUGAUACGGUAUGAACAUCAGGAUAGACAGGACACUUUAUCACAUCAAAACACAGAUGCAUAUUUUUUUUUUGAGGAGUUUGAGGACUCCCUUGAAUUUGUAAAUGUCUCAUCUAUUCUAGUUCACUUGCUCUGCAGUGAAACAUGCUCUAAAGAUGACAGUUGAGCACCAAUUUGUUUAUUUGAGGAACUUUUGGACUUGCCAUUCAUUUUGGAUAGUUGUAAUUACCUUAUUUGUUUCAAGUAAAGGAAAGUUCCAGGUUCAAAGCAAGUUAAAUUCAAUCAACAGCAUUUGUGACAAUGUUGAUUACCACCAAAAAAAUAAAUAAAUAAUCGACUCCCUCGUUUAUUCAAAAAAAAAAAAAAAAAAAAUUGUGGUUACAUUAAGGCACUUACAAUAGCAGUGAAUGGAGCCAGUCCAUAAACAUUUAAAUACACACUGUUUCAAAAGUAUAGCCACAAGAUUUAAACACUGUAUCUGUUACCAUUAUUUUAGUGAGAUAAUUGUUUUUUUACUAACUUUAUCUGUUUUAAAUUAUAUUGUAUCUACUAUACAUUGUCAAGACAGACCCUGUAAUCUGGAAAACAUCACAAUGCCAGUAAAUCCCUGAUUUUAUCACACUAAAAUCAUGUUAACAUAAAUAAUGUGGCUAUACUUUUGAAACAUUGUGUAUGAAACUGGCCCGAUUCACUUGUAUGUGCCUAAAUGUAACUAAAUAUAUAUAUAAAAUUAGGGAUGAGUCAAUUAUUUUUUGUCGUAAUCAACAUUAUGCCACAAAUUCUACUGUGCUUAAAUUGUACUGAACCUGGAAUAUAUCUUUAAAGUUUAUUUGGCCUAAUCUGUUGUGUAAAAUAUGACUUGGGUCUUAACAGAAGUGAUGGAAUUCUGAAUUGAGUACAUGGGUUGAUAUUGCAGUCCAGUAUACUGUAUGUAAAUUGUGCUGUACAUUCAGUGAGUAUGGUUUCUUUUUCUCAUUUAAAGGAAGUGCUCUCCAAGUAAUUUCUGCAUUGUUGUUGUACUGGUUAUAUAUAUACACAUAUAGAACAGGGCUCUAAGACAUGCAAGAGCAAAGCAAAUCUAACAUUAAACAAACUAAAGAAGUCCUGUUAAGUUCUGUCCUAUUUAUAAAAUUUGAAUUUAAAAUUUAGGAGUGUGAAUGUAGGUUUGUGACGACUAUAACUGAAACACUCUUUGGAUUCUUGUUACCAAAACCAGCCACAUAGUGGAUGUCUACUUCAUACUGAUUAGUCUCAUUCAAUUUGCUGUGCUAGUAGGUCUUUUGUGCUACAAAACAUUUUACAACAUCAAACUUGAAAUACAAACAGACAUAAAAAGCUCUCUUGGUUGACUGAGGUGUUGUCAGUUUGAUUGAUGACUCACCAACUCACUAAUAACUUACAGUAGCAACCCUACAAAAUAAAUAAAUAAAUAAUAAAAUAAAACAUUUGUUUUAGUAACAAUAGGAAGCUGUACACGUCAAGAGUACUACAGUGGUCUGGUACUAAUGGAAAUUUGGUUUGGUUUUGAAUUAAUUGCUUCUGCCUGUAUUAUUCUCACUUGUAAGUCACUUCGGAUAAAAGCAUCCACCAAAUUGAUAUAAUAUAAUAUAAUAAGGUCACACUUUAAUUUAUAGUUUUCAUGUUAUUGUGUAUUUACAUAGAUAAUUAAUGAUUAAAACAAAUCAACUGCUUGUAUUUGCUGUGAAAUCAUUUU